UUGAAUAUAAGCAAAAAGUUAUUGGAGCAUUUUGCUAAAAGCAACAAAAUUCCUCAGGUAUCGUUCCCAGAUACUUCCUGUGUAAUUCAGGAUGUCAUAAGGUCAUUAACCUUUGCAUAUAAAGGCCUUAGUAGUCUGUGCACAUCAAACAUUAAGAGAGAGAGAAUGAGUUCUGUAGCAGUUGCUGAUAAGCCUCAUGCGGUAUGUAUACCAGCCCCGGCACAAGGCCACAUGAAACCAAUGAUGAAACUAGCAAAACUCCUCCAUCACAAAGGCUUCAACAUAACCUUUGUCAACACAGAGUUCAAUCAUAAACGCUUAUUCAAAUCUAUGGGAUCCAAUUCUCUCGAUGAACUACCUGAUUUUCGAUUUAAGACCAUUCCAGAUGGUCUCCCUCCAUCCGAAUCCGACGCCAAUCAAGACAUCUUUGCUCUCACUCAGGCCAUUACCAAACGGUACCUAUUGCCUCCAUUUCGCGACCUCCUCGCCAAACUCAAUGACGCUGCGUCUUCCAACGUUCCUCCGGUUACCUGUAUCGUCUCGGACUUUUUCAUGCCAUUCACUGUUACAGCUGCUGAAGAACUUGGAAUCCCACGGAUAAUUUUCUUUCCAAGUCCUGCCUGUGCGUUCAUGGGGUUCUAUCAGUUUCGAGCUCUGUUAGAAAAAGGACUGACACCACUCAAAUAUGAAAGCUAUCUAACAAAUGGGUACUUAGAUAGAAUAAUAGACUGGAUUCCAGGAAUGAAAGACAUGCGUCUGAAGGAUCUCCCAAGCUUUGUAAGGACUACAGAUCCAAAUGAUAUGAUGUUCAACUUUUGCAUGGAAGCUGCCGAAGGGGCUUCCAGAGCUUCAGCAAUUGUUGUUCAUACUUUUGAUGCAUUAGAGCAAGAUGUUCUUGAUGCUAUGUCAAAAAAGUUUCCACUCGUUUAUAGCAUCGGGCCCCUCGAAUUACUGCUGAAUCAAACAUCAAAUGAGCAAGAGCACUUAAAAUCGAUGGGAUACAACCUAUGGAAAGAAGAAUCAGAGUGUCUACAAUGGCUGGAUUCAAAAGAACCCAACUCUGUGAUUUACGUAAACUUUGGGAGCUUAAUAGUUAUGACCCCUGAGCAGCUGAUAGAGUGUGGCUGGGGACUUGCUAAUAGUAAAUGCAACUUCCUGUGGAUAAUUAGACCUGAUCUUGUUUCUGGUGGGUUGGGAAUUCUCCCAGAGGAGUUCAUCGUCGAAACGAAAGAAAGAUGUAUGCUAGCAAGGUGGUGUCCACAAGAACAAGUCCUAAACCACCCAUCAGUGGGGGGGUUUUUGACACACAGUGGGUGGAAUUCCACUAUUGAGAGCAUAUGUGCUGGAGUGCCCAUGCUGUGUUGGCCUCAUUUCUCAGACCAACAGACAAAUUGUAGGUACACUUGCAAUGAAUGGGAAAUUGGGAUGGAGAUUGAGAGUGAUGUUAGGAGAGAAAUACUGGAGAGAUUGGUGAGGGAAUUGAUUGGUGGAGAUCAAGGGAAGAAGAUGAAGAACAAAUCUAUAGAGUGGAAAAAACUGGCAGAAAAAGCUGCCGGUCCAGAUGGGUCAUCCUCGGUGAAUUUGGGCAAGUUGGUGAACAAAUUCUUGCAUGUAAGAAGCUAGACAAUUGUGUUUUCCAUUUAUUAUGUUUUUUUGAUGUCUUAAGAAAUUGCUAUUGCAAAUUCAUUCCUUUACAUGUGUGUUUCUG